AUGAAGUUCCUAAUCGUCUUUGCUCUAAUUGCUUUGUCUAUUCAAUUGGCUGCUUCGGCAACUACAAGUGACACCACAAGUACAACUACAACUACAACGACAACAACAACCACUGAUGCAACGACUACAACAACAACCUCCGCAUCGGCAACAACAACGACAACCGAGAAAACUACGCACAAGAAGAAAUGUUGGAAGGGCAACAAUUGGUGUCACACUCGCAGACCGACCAGGAAGUGUCGCCAUCCCAAGACAUGCCACAAAACCAUCGUUAUAGUGCGCCACAGGAAGGACUAACUCCCAAAGAAUGACACUUUCUUCUUUGGACCAUUAACUAAUUUUAAAUAAAUAACAUUUUUAU